AUGGGUGCAAUGCUGUCACAACUAGGAUUUAACCAAGCUUUUCUGCUUGCAUUGAUUGGUAUUCUCGCUAUGCUAGGUCUGACAGUGCUAGCCAUCGGAGAAGAUGAAAGGGACCAUCAGAAUAACUACAUUCUACCAUUAAUUCGAGUGCGUCCACCGACAACAGCGGAACGAAAAACCGUACAUCCUGGUAGACUAGUAGUCUCAUUCGUCUAUGGAUCCAAGAAGCUGUAUGACUACCUGGACGACAAUCCACUGAUCGAGUUCGGUGAUGUCCAAUGGGUCAACGACCCGUCAGUCAUUCGACAGAAUCCUAAAGUCGUCGCCAUCAAUUCAGCCGUCGAGAUUGAUCUCACUGGACAAGUGGUGGCUGAUUCGGUCGGCAAGCGAUUCCUUUCUGGUUUCGGUGGUCAAGUAGACUUUAUUCGUGGAGCUGCCAUCGGUAACGACGGCGAAGGCAAGCCAAUCAUCGCUCUUCCGUCAAUUUCGAAAAAAGGCCAGAGCAAGAUUGUGCCCUACAUACAAGAGGGUGCCGGCGUUGUCACUUCUCGAUCUCACGUUCACUACGUUGUCACUGAGCACGGUAUCGCUCAACUGUGGGGUAAGAACAUGCGGCAAAGAGCGUACGAACUCAUCAAAAUUGCUCAUCCGUCACAACGUCAAGCACUGGAGAAGGCCGCUUUUGAAAGGCUGAAGGUAAUGCCAUCUGCGGACUAA